UAGCGUCCCCGUAUUUCAAAGUUCAAACGAGCGAUGGCCGUGCGCGGCAGCAAGCUCGAUCUAUGGUUUCUCCCGUGCCCUUCGCCGCAUUCUGGUCGCAUUCUCUGAGUAUCGCGACUGUCGGUCUUGAUGGCCACGGGCGAUCUGCGUGGUAACUUGGAGCGCCUGCGCACGCAGCUUCUCUCCGUGAAUUAUCCUCAUCCCUUCGACGUGCAAGGCUUGAAACAGGGCAUUCCGGCAGUGGUAUUGCCUCUUCUGCAUUAUGCACUUCUUGGAUACUCCCGACAUGUCGCGCGUUAUCUAUCGGCAAACGGCUACGAGCUCUACGCCAAGAGUGAUUUGCGUUUCAUGGAGAGCGCAUUGAAAUUUUUCAGACAUGAGUUUAAUUAUCGGUGCGCUCUGACAAUCGCUCAGAUGUUUUCAAGAGGUUAUGCAGAGAGGAAAAUGAUUUUCAUCUACGACGCAGUACAGAUGACGAAGAGAAAACACAAUGAACUAUUGAAGCUUGGUCGCGAGAAAACGAUUGAUAAGACGGAGCUGACACAGAUCAACUAUGAAACAAUGCCAGGCUGCGGCCUUGGAAAUGCGAAGGUUCAAGCUGUUGAUCGUUUACCAUUUUACGAACCGAAGCCUUGGGAACAUACCUUGAGGUCGUCUAAGAAUCCUGUUAGAUGCUCCAAGGAUGCAGAAUGCCAGCUAGUAGACAUAACAGUUCUUCCAGUUCCAGAACCCACAUCGCCACGGGCUCCGAAUUCUGACAGUAAUGUUGUGCAUAACCAGCAUGGUUUAUGCACUGAGGACAGCGAUAAAAAAUCUUGGGAAUUAGCCAGUCGCAUGCGCGCCAAGAAACUGCAACCCAAAGCCAAGAAAUUUGUCAUGUCUCUACAAAAUUCAGCCGAAGUUCCACAUCCAGCAGCAAGUGAACUCUCCGAAGGGGAGUCAGAAAUAUGUCAGAGGAUUAUGGACAUGGCGGACAAACUGGAAGCUCGAUUUAGCACCCUGGAAGAUGGUGUUACACGAGCGAAAGAAACCCUCCAGGAGAAACUCGUUGGCCUCGAGGGACGCGUUCAGAGCCUCGAAAGUGUCGUGAGUAGUAAGAAGCAGAAUCAAAAACUUGUGCAUCGUAGCGAUUUCAGAGACCUCUCACGAAAUGACUUUAAACAACAUACAGCGGCAUGCACAACAGGGGAGCUAUCGCAACGUGAAAGCCUGAUAUUUGGGUCGCCAUGCACCACCAAAGAUCCACGACAACAUGAUAAUUACGAUCAUUUGUCCACAUGCACAUCGGUGGAAAGCAUACGGCCCAAAUGCAACGAGCGUGCAUGGUCACUUUCUGAGAAAUUUCAAGACAGUCCUCGUGACGCUUGUACCGGGGUUCCAGCCUCGAAAGCAAUCAAGUCUCAAGCAGUGAGAGAUAUUAGUAAUACGCACCAAUGUGUUGCAAAUACCUACGGAAAUAUUGUGGGAACAUCUGACGUCAAACUAGGCGAGAAAGGCCACACAUCAUUGAUACAACCAGGGCCAGUGACAAGCACCCGAGAAUUUAUAGCAGGAGUCAGGGCUCGAUUCAGUAGGACAUUGGAGGUAUUGCUGCGGAACACUUUCAGAUUGCUUGCUCAAUAAAGAAGCACACAUCCCCAACACAGCAGCUUCCUCUUGCUAGGCUGCAGUCAAGAAGGCUACUUCUCGAAAGAAUUUCACAAUUUCGAGAUCAAGAUCACGUCUUCGACUUUUGCCCGUUGAAGUAGAGGACGCAUACGUAGAUGCAUGCCCUGCUUUGCAAAAAUGUCAAACAUAGCACUUUGUAGAGGCUCCAAAAGAAGCCAUUUAACGCGAUAAGAGACCAUCCUCGUGUUAAGGUAUAGCAUACAGUUAUGUUGAUUCCAUGCGCUUAAGCAUGGAGUAUAGCUAAGUGAAUAGUUCGUGUCGUUGGUGAGGUUAUGUUGGAUACAGGUCUAGCAUACAGUAAUCUUCAUCCCAUGCCCUUAAGCACGCAUAACCGUUUAAGUUAAUAGGUCGUGUCGAUGGUGAGAUUGUGUUCCAUACUGUUGGCCAGCCCACCACGAUCUUUACGUGAGAUGCUUAAUUUAUCGUACCCGGAGAACAUUGGAGCUUUUC